AUGAUCCACCGCGAAGUAGCCGAUGGUCUAGAGCGUCUUUGGAACGUAAGAGUAAACUGCAUAUGGGAAGCCGAUGAAAGUAGUCGCCAUGGAGAGGUUUAUAUAUUCGACCAUGUAUUUAAGCAGGAAUGUACAAAUUCAGAUGUAUAUGGAUCUGUAGUAAAACCUUUAGUCGAUUCCUUCAUGGAAGGUUUCAAUGCCACAAUAUUUGCAUAUGGCCAAACAUCUUCUGGCAAAACACACACCAUUUUGGGCAAUAAAACAGAUCCUGGGCUUUUCCAAUUAGUAUCCAAUCAGUUAUUCCAGCAUGUGGCAGACCAGGUUGAUAAGAGGUACUUGAUUAGAUGCAGUUAUAUUGAAAUCUACAAUGAAAAGAUCAAUGACCUCCUGGAUAAGAGCAAUCAGGGUUUAACUAUAAGAGAAGAUAUCAAAGGAAAUGUGCUGCUUGAUGCAAGGGAAGCUGUCGUAGACAAUGUUGAUAAAGUUAUGGAGAACAUGAUGCAGGGCAAUAAGAUCAGACGAGUUGCAGCUACUCGCAUGAAUGAGAGGUCAUCUCGAUCACACACGAUUUUCCGGAUUAUUCUGGAGUCGAAAGAUGCCAAUCAGAAAGAUGGACCUGUACAUAUAAGCUACCUUAACUUAAUGGACUUAGCUGGUUCUGAGAGAGUUUCUCUGACGAAAGCUGCUGGUGAGCGUCUUAAAGAGGGGGCUAACAUAAACAAAUCUUUGUCAGUAUUAGGAAAUGUGAUAAGGCAACUAAGCGAGGGGAAGGAGUUUAUCAGUUAUCGCGAUUCGAAAUUGACUAGACUGCUCUCACAGGCUCUUGGCGAUGUAUAUGGAUCUGUAGUAAAACCUUUAGUCGAUUCCUUCAUGGAAGGUUUCAAUGCCACAAUAUUUGCAUAUGGCCAAACAUCUUCUGGCAAAACACACACCAUUUUGGGCAAUAAAACAGAUCCUGGGCUUUUCCAAUUAGUAUCCAAUCAGUUAUUCCAGCAUGUGGCAGACCAGGUUGAUAAGAGGUACUUGAUUAGAUGCAGUUAUAUUGAAAUCUACAAUGAAAAGAUCAAUGACCUCCUGGAUAAGAGCAAUCAGGGUUUAACUAUAAGAGAAGAUAUCAAAGGAAAUGUGCUGCUUGAUGCAAGGGAAGCUGUCGUAGACAAUGUUGAUAAAGUUAUGGAGAACAUGAUGCAGGGCAAUAAGAUCAGACGAGUUGCAGCUACUCGCAUGAAUGAGAGGUCAUCUCGAUCACACACGAUUUUCCGGAUUAUUCUGGAGUCGAAAGAUGCCAAUCAGAAAGAUGGACCUGUACAUAUAAGCUACCUUAACUUAAUGGACUUAGCUGGUUCUGAGAGAGUUUCUCUGACGAAAGCUGCUGGUGAGCGUCUUAAAGAGGGGGCUAACAUAAACAAAUCUUUGUCAGUAUUAGGAAAUGUGAUAAGGCAACUAAGCGAGGGGAAGGAGUUUAUCAGUUAUCGCGAUUCGAAAUUGACUAGACUGCUCUCACAGGCUCUUGGCGGAAAUGUGCUGCUUGAUGCAAGGGAAGCUGUCGUAGACAAUGUUGAUAAAGUUAUGGAGAACAUGAUGCAGGGCAAUAAGAUCAGACGAGUUGCAGCUACUCGCAUGAAUGAGAGGUCAUCUCGAUCACACACGAUUUUCCGGAUUAUUCUGGAGUCGAAAGAUGCCAAUCAGAAAGAUGGACCUGUACAUAUAAGCUACCUUAACUUAAUGGACUUAGCUGGUUCUGAGAGAGUUUCUCUGACGAAAGCUGCUGGUGAGCGUCUUAAAGAGGGGGCUAACAUAAACAAAUCUUUGUCAGUAUUAGGAAAUGUGAUAAGGCAACUAAGCGAGGGGAAGGAGUUUAUCAGUUAUCGCGAUUCGAAAUUGACUAGACUGCUCUCACAGGCUCUUGGCGAUGUAUAUGGAUCUGUAGUAAAACCUUUAGUCGAUUCCUUCAUGGAAGGUUUCAAUGCCACAAUAUUUGCAUAUGGCCAAACAUCUUCUGGCAAAACACACACCAUUUUGGGCAAUAAAACAGAUCCUGGGCUUUUCCAAUUAGUAUCCAAUCAGUUAUUCCAGCAUGUGGCAGACCAGGUUGAUAAGAGGUACUUGAUUAGAUGCAGUUAUAUUGAAAUCUACAAUGAAAAGAUCAAUGACCUCCUGGAUAAGAGCAAUCAGGGUUUAACUAUAAGGAAGAUAUCAAAGGAAAUGUGCUGCUUGAUGCAAGGGAAGCUGUCGUAG